AUGACGCGUUAUCCUUUAACAAGCGCGUCAAACUAUAUUUUGACUCCUAAUUUACCUUUUAAUAAAGAAAUGGUUUCCAAAUAUAUUAUGUUUGAUGAUGAUAGAUAUAACAAAAAGGAGGAAGAAGUCAUGAUCAAAUUUGAAAGGGAGAUUCUCAACAAUGUCAAAAAUCUUCAAAUUCUUUUUAGACUAGCACAUAAUACAAGAGAAAAGUAUGUCGAGGGGUUCAGAACUAUAUUAAGGGUGGUUUCGAGAUAUCCACAAUUUCAAUUAAAUCAACCGUUUAAAUUCGAAGACGAAAUGGAAACCUUUUUAAAUUUAGAAUUUCCAAAAGAAAAAGGAAGAACAGUUGAUGGUAUGGAUCGUUAUUUAAAGCGAAUUAAGGUUUUUGUUGAAAAUAGUUAUAACAACGAGGAAAUUGAUUUAGACUCAGUUGACUAUCAAAGACACUGUGAUACACUUGAUGAUUCCUUGUUAGAAAAUGAGAAUUGUUUGUUUAGUCCCGAGAAAAUUGGAACCUACAAAAUUCAUGCCAAAUCGUACGGUAGUGAAGGAAGAAAAAAUUUAUUCACUCAAUUUGACUCACAAAUAUUAACAAAUGAAGAAGUUUUGAAAAUAAUUUUUAAAUUUCGAUUCUCGUUGCGUGUGAAAUAUAUCAGAGUCUGGAAACAAAUUUUAAGUUUAAUGGCCGACUGGAAAGAGUAUGAUUUUUCAAGAAAUAUAUAUUUAGAUGAACAUUACGUUUCGGAUCAAAUGAAUUUGAGUGUUAGAUAUAAUAAAGAUUCAUAUAACAAUUUGGUCAAGUUGUUGGAGUUGGUAUAUGGUCAACAGGAAAUUGAAGAAACUACUUCAACCACAAACGAUCCAAAUCCAGCUGAACAAGUUGCUAACCCUGUCCAAUUGGCUGAUUCGGUAUCUCCUUUUCUCAUUGAUCCUACAUUAUUGAUGGCUGGAAUUGAAGAUUAUAACAGAGAAGCGAAGCAAAAAGUCGAAGAAUUAAUCAAAAAUUAUAUGGAAGAGGAUACAGUAGAUUUCGAAGCAGACUUGGUUACGAGUGUGGAUUUCGUAACAUCUACAAUUUCACAAGAUAUAAAUAGAUUUUCCAUUGCUCAGAAUGAAAGUUUAAAUGAAGAUUGA